AAAAACAGCCCAAUUCUACUUGUAAUGGAUGCAAUUUCUCUGCCAUGAACACAUCUACAUAUGACCAUCCAACCUAUAAUUACAGCUUAGAUGUUCCUGCCAACUUCAUAGCCUUGCAUCAUUAUACCAUUGCAAAGGACCCAGACAUCCAAAAAAUUAUAUUUCCUUCAGUAUUCCAGAUAAUAUCAGUCUAUAAUGAUUGAGGCAGGAUUCCUUUGCUGAGUAGCUUUGUCUGGGGUAAUCUAAAACUCGUAAUCGCAACAGGAAGGAAUCAAAACACAAGCAGGCUAGAACAAUGCAGGGAAAAUCUACAAUAAACAAACCACAGAAAACGAGACUCAGAACUGCACAGUAAUAUGGGCAAGACUUCACAAAUGUAAGGCCAAACUGAGGGUUAUAUAUGUGAGAGAGUUAAUGUGACCAAAACUAUCUGCAGAUGUGAGUGAUGAUGAAUGAGUGAUGAGGGUGGAGCUCUAGCAGGAGUGAGCCAAUCCAGGCUGGGCAAAUCCAAAUGAAGUCCCUCAAGAGGGAGACACUAUGAUACAGCCUAAAUCUAAAGCAGUUGAGUAUUUUUGAUUGACAUAUGGAGCUCAUCGGAUCCACGCAGACGGCCACAUACACACGGCCCAAGACCAGCAACUUCUUACCAGCCAUUUCCACUACGGCAUCCAGUUAUAAGAAUUUUCAACCGGCCCUGACCACCAACCAAAACGCCAACAUGCCCUGGAGGACUAACACCUACUUCAGGACCGGAAGUGCUAUUCCUUCUAUCAUGUCCACCUCCCAGAGGGACAACCUGGAGCUGGUCCGGGCCAAGACCAUGUUCUAUCCAUCCAACAGAACAGCACUGAAUACCCGCUAUACGCCUGAUGACUGGUUUAAAUCCAACUACAAUAACUACCGAGAAUCAGAGUCAUCUAGGAACAGUGCGGAGAGGCUGCGGAGGGACACGAUCAGACUGAUUCAGGAUAGAGAGCAGCUGACCCGCAGGACACAGGAGAACACCAGUAGGAACCUCGGAGAGAGGCUCAGUGACAUCAGCUUCUGGAGAUCUGAGCUGCACCAUGAGAUUGACAGCAUGGUGACAGAGAUAGCAGCACUAACUGAGGUGAAAAGAAGACUGGAGAGAGCCCUUGCUGAGACAGAGGGGCCACUGCAGAUUUCUCAGGAAUGCUUGUUCCACCGAGAGAAGAGGAUGUCCAUUGACCUUGUUCAUGAUGAUGUGGAAAAAGAUCUGAUCAAGGAAGUGGAGGUGAUCAAGUCGUGUCAGGAGAGAAUGAGGAGGAAUUUGGACAAAGCCAUUGCACAGCUAGCGUCAAAUCGAGCAUCCCAGCAUGAACUGGAAAGAGAUUUGAAUGACAAGGUCACAGCCCAGCGCAUUGACGACAGGUGUCACCAGCUGAGGAACACCUCGGACGGCAUCAGCUACUACAGAGGCAUCGAGCGCCUUGACCCAUUCCUGAGUUUACCAGAUUCCUGGUCAAAAUUCACGGACGAUAACAUCCUGCACUCUCAGAGUGAGCGUGCUGCAUCCCACAAACUCCGAGAUGAGAUCGAGGUGCUGCUCAACACCACUUCCAAUGAGAUGUGGAACCAGUUCAACACCGUCAACGUAGCGUUCACCAACCGCAUUUCUGAAAUGGCGGAAACCAAGAACAGCCUGCAGACUCAUUUGGCCAAGACCCUUCAGGAGAUCUUCCAGACUGAGAUGCUCAUUGAGGCCCUGAAAAAGGCCAUUCGGGAUAAGGAGAGCCCUUUAAAGGUGGCACAGACCCGUCUGGAGGAGAGAACCCGCAGACCCAACGUAGAGCUCUGCAGAGACAAUCCACAUCACAGGUUGGUGAUUGAGGUGAGGGAGAUUGAGGACACCAUUCACAAGCUGAGGGAGAGGCUGAUGGAGGCUGAAAACACUCUGCAGAACCUGGUGAAGACAAAAGUGGCUCUGGAGCAUGACAUCUCAGUCAAGGCCAACUCCCUGUUCCUGGAUCAGGAGAAAUGCAUGAGCAUGAGGAAAAGCUUCCCCAGCACCCCACGCCUGGUGGGCUAUACUUAAAGCAUGCUUUUCCCCUUACUCUAAUCUGGGUCCAAAUUUCCCAUUUAAAUAAAUAUUAAAGUCCAUGUAAAGCAGAAAUUAAUAUGUUAUGUUAAUGUGUUCUGAGUUUGUCACACCACAGAAAAAAGCGUCAUUAACCACUGAGCCAAACGAGUGAUGCUCUGAAAUUCUGGGGGUGUGUCCACUGAAGGUGUUAAAACCACGGCCAAUCAGAACGGGGGCAUCCUCUCUUCAGCAUGGUGUUCACCAGAAUGCUGCAUCGUUUAAGGUGGAACGGGAAAAUCCGAACAAGAAGCUGAAGAAUAGGAACCAGAUUUCAGCUCCACACAAACAUACAGAAUUUGCUUUGUCUAGCAGUUUUAUUACCAAUACAGCCAAAUGUCUGAGCCACCAGAUGCAGAAUUCAA